GUACUAUUUGAAGACGUAACCUCUGUCUACUACUCUGUCGCGCGUCACGUGAAUAAAAGUGAAACGGCAUUGAAUUUCUCCGUAUCCCAGCGGAAUUUUACAACACACUGGCGAAAGUUGGUAUUUUUUACUUGGUUGAUGUAAAUCUUUCUAUCUUCGCAACUUUAUGAGACGUACGAAUUAGCCGGCACUAUGUCAGGCACGAAGGAAGUAACAGAAUUGCAAGCAUUCAAAACGGUUCUUUAUCACAGUGUGGUAAUACUCGCCCUACCUGUGAUAGCGUUCUUUACAAGCAAAAUUUUUCUCUUUGAUGGUAUAUUAGGUCUCAACAAUGUGUCAAGUAAUGUUUAUUCGGCCGGGGUUGCAGUGAUAGUGUUACACAUUGCAUUAGGAGUUUUUAUAUACAGAGCAUAUUUCGAUGAUCGAUCAAGGACACCAGUGGAUAAGAGAGAUUAGUUUUUUAUUAUUAAGUACACCUUGGUGACCAUACACUUAACACAUAAUCACAGUCAACACAUUUGUUUUCGGAUAAUAUUAAGUGAUAAUAUUUAAGUUAUAAAGGAAAACUUUGAUGUGUUGUUACAACAUUUAUUAACAUGUUUUUCUGUACUCUUCAGCCAAUAAUCGAUUAAAGGCCAGUUGCAAUUUGCUAAAAUUAACAAUUAGUAUCAUUUGAUGCUAUGGAAAUAAAUUCUCACAAACUUACAUUCCAUAAUUUCUUCGAAUGUUACAUAAUUGCUAUUGCAUACUUCUAUGUGUACUGUUUGAUAUCCACAUUACAAAGUGUUAAAAUAUUACAUACUUCCAUGUACAAACUAAUGUACAAACAAUGAAAUUAUGUGAUGCAUAAAAUACCUCUUGUCGAUAAA